AGGCUCUGGAAAAAUAGUCCUUUUGUUUAAAAUAGAAACAUAGAAGGACGCCAAAUUAACACACAGAUUACUGAAUAUCCUGUUAUUGGGAAGGGGGGGCAGGGGGGGAGCCCCUUCAUUUCUAAAAUGAAGAGAGUAAUUGCUGGUACCAAAAUUCAUGUUUCCUUUUGGGUGAAAUUCUCCAGCCAAGCUUGGCGUUAACCAAGUCGGCAAUUUCACUUCAUCAUUACUUCACAAAAGAUUUCCAAAAUCACUGCGGCAGACAGGCAAAAUAAAAAUGUUAAAUACAUCCUGGCUGGGAGGGGACUGAAGCCUCCACACUCAAUCAAAGGUUUACAAUAAUAGGAUUCAUAAAAAAAAAAAAAAAAGACAGAUGGGAUUAGAAAAUGUUGCAGUGAAGACUCUGGAAUGAGAUGAGAUCACAGCACCAGCCUGUCUUUUGUGGACCUGCACAAUGAUCCCCGAGCCAGACUGGAUUAGGAAACCUCGCGACUAGGGGUUCAGAGAGAGGCUUCCGGUUCCCGGCACUUUGGGGGAGAGAAGGCUGAAACGAUGCAUCAGAUUUACAGCUGCAGUGAUGAAAAUAUAGAAGUUUUCACCACCGUGAUCCCUUCCAAGGUGUCCAGUCCAGCCAGAAGAAGAGUCAAAAGUUCUCAACACCUCUUGACCAAGAAUGUGGUGAUCGAGUCAGACCUCUACACUCCGAGGCCCCUGGAGCUGCUGCCACAUCGCAGCGACCGCCGCGACGGCGAGGGCCGCAGGUCGGGCAGGCUCCACGGUGCUCGGCAGCAGGGACCCCACCUUGCCAAGGCCCCAGCCAGACCCGUGGGGAUUUCAGAACCCAAAUCAUCAAAUCUGUGUGGGAAUCGAGCAUAUGGAAAAUCUUUGAUUCCUCCGGUGGCCCGGAUCUCCGUGAAAGCCCCAGCCACGCUAGAGGCGACAGCCACAGGCUCAGAGAACGGAGCUGUUCUGACAAGAGGAUCCAGACAUCUCAAGAAGAUGACUGAAGAGUAUCCAACACUUCCCCAGGGGGCAGAAGCCUCCUUACCGCUGACAGGAAGUGCUUCCUGCGGUGUCCCUAGCAUCCUCCGGAAAAUGUGGACAAGGCACAAGAAGAAGUCUGAAUAUGUGGGAGCUACUAACAGCGCCUUUGAGGCUGACUAAAGGUGACCCUCCCUAGGUGCCCUGCGUUGGCCAAAGUUCACCGUACAAGGGAAGAAAACUUCCAGAUGGGAACUGAGCCACAUUCACCUCUGCUAGUAGCUGGUCCAAACACAUCACCGCCCCUUACUAACCGAUAGCCCCGGCUUAGGAUACAGGCAAGGAACUUCCCUCGAAGGCAAAAGAAAAGUGUGCCUUCUUAGAAUCGAUAAAGCCAUUGGUCUGAAAGUGGCUUUGGGAGGUCAUGGAGUUUAUAUACCUAUCUUUAAGCAAACCACACCACAAUCAAACUUUCUCAACCCAUUUUAAAGACCUCCAAGGAAGAAAGCAGGCAAUUCCUCAGUCUUCCUUGUGAGUUGUUCUAAUGUGUGUGAUUUCUGGUAUAAAUAUAAGAGCUUGAUGUUUGAGGCACUUGUGAACACAGUGGUUCUUACUAUUCCUCUUAUCACAUUUAUUUCAUCUUGACAAAGUACAAUUUUUAAUGACAAAGCACUAUAUAUUUACUUCUACUUCUAAUAUCCAUUUGACAGUAUUGUCAAGAUUGAUAUUGAUCAUUUGGCAUGAUUGCAUGAAUUCUCUAUUCUUUUACAUGCAGUUUUUCUAUAGAAAAACAUGAUUAAAAAUUAAAUGUUGAAUGCUAAUGUUUUCUGAAGUGGCAUAGUCUAGUGAAAUUAAUAAUACCUUGCAUUGGUAUAAUGAUUUUAACUUUUAAAAGUGCUUUCCCAUCCAAUAUCUCUUAUCUUCACAAAAUCCCUGUUAAAGAAAGCACAAUUAUUCCCAAUCUACAGAUGGGGAAGCCAAGGCCUUAUGAAGUUAUGUGACUGGAUAUAGUUAGUGGUAUUAGAUACUAGGUCCUUAAGUCCACCAGACUCCUUGCUUUGCUUACUCUAGUAACUGAGGAAGGUUUUGAAGGACAGAAGUACGUCUCUGGGGGCAAUGUGUGAAAGGAAAAUUUUGAUAAAGUUGGAAAAAGUGACUUAAAUGAAACACAUUAUGUAGUAGGUUGAACUAGAAGAAAUUGCCAUUUCUAUAGGUCAAAAAUAAAUUGAUCAUUUAUUUCAUAUGGUUCAACCUAAUAUAUAAUAUUGUGCUUUCCCUCUCUUAAUGGAAAUGUCAUCAAUCCCAUCUUUAAUAUCAAUAGACUUACAAUGAUAAUGUGAUAAUGACAGCUCUCAUUUGUUAAAUGCCUACCAUGCACGAGACGUGACACUGAGCACUUUACAUACAUCCUCCCUAUCUUUCUAACAACUCUAAGUUAGAUGGCCUUAUCUAUCUACUGGAUGAC